GCGCCCGCUCGCCCUGCGCUCACACUCGCUUUCGCGCUCACACACCCUCCCGCACUCCGCCUCAAGUUUCCCCGCUCCCCCAGCGGAAACAGAGACGCUGCAAGCGAGAGCGCCGAGGGGACUCGCAGGGCUCCCAUGGCUGACCUGAGCUUCAUCGAAGAUUCCGUCGCCUUCCCGGAGAAGGAGGAGGAUGAGGAGGAAGAGGAGGAGGGUGUGGAGUGGGGCUAUGAGGAAGGUGUUGAGUGGGGCUUGGUGUUUCCUGAUGCUAAUGGAGAGUAUCAGUCCCCUAUUAACCUAAACUCAAGAGAAGCCAGAUAUGAUCCCUCACUGCUGGAUGUUCGCCUCUCUCCAAAUUAUGUAGUUUGCCGGGACUGUGAAGUCACUAAUGAUGGACAUACCAUUCAAGUGAUCCUGAAGUCAAAAUCAGUUCUAUCAGGAGGACCGUUGCCUCAAGGGCAUGAAUUUGAACUGUAUGAAGUAAGAUUUCAUUGGGGUAGAGAAAACCAGCGUGGUUCUGAGCACACUGUUAAUUUCAAAGCUUUUCCUAUGGAGCUCCACCUAAUUCACUGGAACUCCACCCUGUUUGGCAGUAUUGAUGAGGCUGUGGGGAAACCACAUGGGAUUGCUAUCAUUGCUUUGUUUGUUCAGAUAGGAAAAGAACAUGUAGGCCUGAAGGCUGUGACUGAAAUUCUCCAGGAUAUUCAGUAUAAAGGGAAGACCAAAAUAAUACCCUGCUUUAAUCCUAACACUUUAUUACCAGACCCUCUGCUGCGAGAUUAUUGGGUGUAUGAAGGCUCUCUUACUAUUCCCCCUUGCAGUGAAGGUGUGACCUGGAUAUUAUUCCGAUACCCUUUAACUAUAUCCCAGGUACAGAUAGAAGAAUUUCGAAGGCUAAGGACCCAUGUGAAAGGAGCAGAACUUGUGGAAGGCUGUGAUGGAAUUUUGGGAGACAACUUUCGGCCCACUCAGCCUCUUAGUGACAGAGUUAUCAGAGCCGCCUUUCAGUAGUCAGAGACUAGAAGCAAGUCCAUCUUCAUCUGGG